UCGGUGGGUCUCCAACAAAAUUUUUAAAACUCUUGCAAUUACGUUACCACCUUCCACUCCAACCCCUUAACUUAUUCCCUUGUUCAUUGUCGAAGCAUUUACUCUCUCCACAAUCUUCUCCUUCCUUCUCUCCCUUUACGACUCACAGAUAUAUAAAUAUUCAAACUUCUGUGUGUAUAUAUCUGGAAAUCUCCGGCCGUUACCCAUGCAUUUCUCGCUGGAAAGUCAAACCUGUUUCUCCCACAUUCAUGUCAUUUUCCGUAUGUUUUGUACGUUGACACCCACUAGCGUAUAAUAAGUGUUCGUUCGCUAAUGUCUAUAAUUUCUUCGGUUUUCUAAGUAUAUCAUUAACCUUGUCGGAAUACCUGUUGGAGACAAGUGGCAAUGGAGUACGGUGGUGGUCCUGGCGGUGGAAGUGGCGGCUCCGGCCGUGGUAGUCACAAUGAUUCAGAUAAGAAGAAACGUUACCAUCGCCACACUGCUCUUCAGAUUCAGAUUCUUGAAUCGACUUUUAAAGAAUGUCCACACCCGGAUGAGAAAACAAGAAUGCAAUUAAGCAGAGAGUUGGAUUUAGCUCCUAGACAGAUUAAGUUUUGGUUUCAAAAUCGAAGAACCCAAAUGAAGGCACACCAUGAACGCGCAGACAACUGUGCCUUAAGGGUGGAGAACGAUAAGAUACGGUGCGAGAACAUCGUGAUACGAGAAGCACUCAAGAACUUAGUUUGCCCAACGUGUGGUGGUCCCCCGAUUGGAGAAGAUUGCUAUUUUGAUGAACAAAAACUUCGAUUCGAGAACGCCCAACUGAAAGAAGAGUUGGAUAGAGUAUCGAGCAUUGCAGCCAAGUACAUUGGUAGACCAAUGUUGCAACUCCCACCAGUACAGCCAUUUCACAUGUCUUCACUAGACCUAUCAAUGGCUAGCUAUGGUGGUGGUACAUCAAAUAGAAUGCCCAUGAUGCACGGUGGUCCUUCAUUAGAUCUUGAUCUUCUCACCGGUUCCGCCCUAGGUGCAUCAUCUAGCACCAUCAACCCCGAUCCUAUGUUUCAAAACCCCAUGCAUCUUUCUGACAUGGACAAGUCGCUAAUGGCCGAAAUCGCGACAAAUGCCAUGGCUGAAUUGAUCAGACUUGUCCAGAGCAAUGAACCUUUGUGGAUAAGAGAUAGUAAAGACGGGACGGAAACUCUUAAUCUUGAUAGCUACAAGAGGGUUUUUCCACGUCCUAAUGAUUCAUUGAAGAAUGCUAAUGUCAGAACUGAAGCAUCAAGGGUUUCUGGAGUUGUGACAAUGAAUAGUUUACAAUUGGUUGAUAUGUUUGUCAAUAUGAUCAAAUGGUCCGAAAUGUUUCCAACUAUUGUGUCAAGAGCAAGGACGAUUGAAGCAAUCUCAUCCGGACUGCUAGGUUCAGAAGGUGGCUCAUUGCAACUGAUGUAUCAAGAAUUACAAGUGCUUUCACCUCUAGUGCCCACCAGGCAUAUGUAUGUGCUUAGAUUAGUUCAGGAAAUCAAGCAAGGCUCGUGGGCGGUAGUCAAUGUUUCAUAUGAUCUUCCACAUUAUAAUCAAUACCCUCAGUCUCGAUUUAAAGUGCAUUGCUUACCGUCGGGUUGUUUGAUUCAAGACAUGCCUAAUGGUUAUUCAAAGGUUACAUGGGUAGAACAUAUGGAAGUAGAAGAAGUAACCCCGAUUGAUAGGCUCUAUCGUGAUUUUAUCUAUAGCGGAUUGGCAUUUGGAGCCAAAAGAUGGCUAGCUUGCCUUCAAAGGGCCUGUGAAAGAUCGGCGUCUCUAAUGAUGACUACUACUGUGUCUCAUGAUCUUGGAGGAGUAAAUCCAUCGCCUGAAGGAAAGAGGAGCAUGAUGAACCUAGCACAAAGGAUGGUGAAUAACUUCUGCUCAAGCAUAAACCCAUCAAAUGGUCAUCAAUGGACAUCUCUUUCGGGUAUGAACGAGUUUGAGGUCCGAGCCAUCUUAUAUAAGAGCACAGAUCCUGGCCACCCCCAUGGCUUGAUCCUUAGUGCAUCGACUACCAUUUGGCUUCCUAUUCCUCCACAAAGUGUUUUCGAUUUCCUUCGAGACGGACGGACUAGACCGCAGUGGGAUGUUCUUUCUAACCAAAAUCCAGUACAAGAAGUUGCAAAUAUUGCAAAUGGGACUCAUCCAGGGAACUGUAUAGCAGUCCUUAAGGCAUACACUCCUAGCCAGAACAACAUGCUAAUACUACAAGAGAGCAGUACGGACGCAUCAGGUUCGCUAGUCGUGUACUGCCCGGUCGACUUGCCAGCAAUCAACAUAGCGAUGAACGGUGAAGACCCUUCAUACAUUCCCUUACUUCCAUCCGGUUUUGUCAUCACCACAGACGGCCACCAGGAGAUCAUUUCAAAAAGUGGUGUUGCGAGCGCUUCCACCAGCAACACCACCACUUCAGAUCUAGCAGGCGAUCAGGGUGGCACGUCAAGCGGCUCUCUGGUUACAGUAGUGUUUCAAAUACAAACUAACAGUUUGCCAUCAGCCAAAAUUAGCCAGGAGUCAUUAACCACCGUUAAUAACCUAAUCACAAACACGGUACACCAAAUUAAAGCUUCCAUCAAUGCGACUUCUACCACCACCUGAUGAAGUAUCUUUCUCUCUCUUACUUAAAUGUGCGUUGAGUUCGAUGAGAAGAGGAAAGAUGUGUUUGUGGUUAGUUGGGAAAGCUGUUAAUGCAGGCUUCAUCAUCAAUUGCAGAAACCGAGUUAAUAUUAUUGCUGCAUCAUCCUGCUACUCUUCUGGUGGCUCUCUGUCAUAGUUCAUUUACCAUCUUCAACUACUACAUUCAUUUAACUUGUGGGUUUUUAGAUUUAUUUUUUCUCCUAAUGUUUUUUUUUUUUCUUUUUUUUGGGAUUUUGUGCUUGUUCUUUUCAAAUUUAUUGCAUUUAAAUCAGAAGAGGGAGUCAAGAACGCACCAUACUUGUUCUUGCAUGUAUGGUUUGGGUAUUGACUUUAUUUUCGACUUUAAUCUAUAAACAAAAAUGCUUACAUUUGUGUUC